UUAUGCAUUAUAUAUGUUGCAAAAUUCAGUUCUUUAAAACACCCUUCUCUUCUGUUCUUGUUUUUCACUAACAAAGAUUCCAAAACAAAUGUUUCCCAAAACACUAGUAUUCUUAUAUUUCAUCUUUCUCAACAAGUAUGUCACUUUGGCUUCUGAUCCAGAUCCUGUCCAGGACUUCUGCAUAUCCGACAUGGAGAAUUCUUCAGCCAACACCAUCCACUGCAAGAACUCAUCCACUGCAACCGUAGAAGAUUUUGUGUAUUCGGGAAUCAAGUCUCCCGGGAAAUUUUCCCCGACAGGGCUUUCCGCAACUUCAGUCACCUCGAACGUCUUCCCGGGGCUUAACACACUGGGGAUGUCAUUUGUAAGAGCUGACUUUGAAGUUGGUGGUGUUAACGUGCCACAUUUCCAUCCAAGAGCUACUGAGACAGCAUUUGUGCUUGAAGGAAAGGUCUAUUCGGGUUUCGUUGACACGAACAACAAGAUUUUCGCGAAAGUGAUUGAGAAAGGAGAAGUCAUGGUGUUUCCAAAGGGAUUGGUGCAUUUUCAAAUGAAUGCGGGAGAUUCUCCAGCCACUAUACUUGGGAGUUUUAAUAGCCAAAAUCCCGGAUUGCAGAGAAUUCCAGCAGCAGUAUUUGGAUCUGGGAUUAAAGAUGAGCUUUUGGAGAAGGCUUUUGGGUUGAAUUCUAAGGAGCUUUCAAAGCUGAAGAAAAGGUUUGGUCCUCAUUGAUUCAGCUAAAGAGAAUGUUGAAGUUUUGCCAUUAUGGAUUUUUAGUCAAUGAUCAAAUUAUUUCUUUGAAGUACAGAAUAUGUACUUUAGAAUUUAGAUGAAUUAGAUUUCCAAUAUUCAUGAAUCUAAACAAUGUAUUAUGCAUGUACCAAUGACGAACACACACACAAACAAA